UGACGUAAUCAAAGCGCGACAUCUUCGGGACUAGCAAAAGUGAGGUUAACCCAGCGCGGCUAACGUCUGGACUCUCUGGGAUUAACUGGUGGUUUCUCACCUGAAUCGAGGAGACAUCAGGUGUGUCUUCCUCAGUAAACAGAAGACUGAAUCUCCUGCACCAUGACAGACACAAAGCGACUCGCCUUUUCUAUCAUCCAGUUCCUCCACGAUCAGCUCCAGUCAGGGAAUCUGUCCUCAGACGCUCAGGAGAGCCUGGAAGUUGCUGUUCAGUGUUUAGAGACGGCAUUUGACGUCUCCACCGAUGACGGGAGCCUCGCCGUCCCGCUCACAUUACCAGAGAUCUUCGCCUCUGCAACAGCCAAGUUUCCAGCUCAGUCGCAGGCCAAUAACAACACCGCCCCAUGUUCACCGACGGAAGAGCAGAAAGCUGAGGCAGAGCGGUUGAAAACCGACGGGAAUGACCAGAUGAAGGUGGAGAACUUCUCAGCUGCUGUAGAGUUUUACUCCAAGGCCAUCGCCCUGAAUCCUCAGAACGCCGUCUACUACUGCAACAGGGCUGCAGCAAACAGCAAACUUGGGAACUACGCCGGCGCCGUGCAGGACUGUGAACAGGCCAUCAGAAUCGACCCAAACUACAGCAAAGCCUACGGACGGAUGGGCUUGGCUCUGACCAGCCUCAACAAACACACUGAAGCUGUUGGCUACUAUAAGAAGGCUCUGGAGCUGGACCCCGAUAAUGACACCUACAAAACCAACAUGAAGAUCGCAGAGGAGAAGAUGGAGACGUCCAGCCCGUCGGCAGGUUUGGGUGGAAUCGAUCUGGCUGGUUUGCUCAGUAACCCUGGAUUCAUGAACAUGGCCUCGACUCUAAUGAACAAUCCUCAGGUUCAGCAGCUUAUGUCUGGGAUGAUGUCAGGAGCGUACGGUGGGGUGGGAGCAUCUGGAGGUGGAGGAGUAGGGGGCGGAGGUGGUGGAGUCAGCGGAGCAGCAGGUCCAGGAUUGGGAGGUCCAGGAUUGGGAGGUCCAGGAUUGGGAGGUCCAGGAUUGGGAGGUCCAGGAUUGGGAGGUCCAGGUUUAGGAGGUCCAGGAUUGGGAGGUCCAGGAUUAGGAGGUGCAGCCUCAGCAGCUCAGGGACCUGCAGAUCUGUCCGGCUUGAUCCAGGCGGGGCAGCAGUUCGCUCAGCAGAUGCAGCAGCAGAACCCAGAACUUAUCGAACAGCUAAGGAGUCAAAUUCGCAAUCGAACGCCCAGCGCUGGAAACGAGGAGCAACAGUGACGACUCUGAUCUGUUGAACAGGUUUCCUGGAGGCGGCGUCUGACUUGGUCCCUUUCUGAUGUGGAUUGUAUAACUCAAGGACUAUAAGGAAAUUUUUCUUUUUUUCCAUAACUGUAUAAUGGAAGCAUGAGAGAGUUUAAGCUUUGUUCAGGAACACCCUGCUCCUCCUCCUGCAGCUCGGUGUCGGUUUAAAGAGAAUUUCAGCAUCAGAAACUCUGAUGUUCAACACCUUCAAGUCGGUUUUAUUUUAGCUGAAAACAGCAUUAUGUGACUGAAAAGUAUUUCUGUCCAUUUCUUGGGAUCUCUGAGUGGGUUGGUGGGUGCGUGAGUGAGAAACUGCUUUGGCAUAAAUGAACUGGAAACUUCUCAGCCAUGUGGAGCUGCAGGACGGAGGCUGUUUGAACACACUUUAAUUAAAAAGAGCAUCUCACCAUUUUA